AUGGCGAAGCAGGGUGUGGCUUCCAUGCUUGCACUGGCAUUGCUUCUCGGGGCAUUUGCAGCCAUUCCUACAGGAGUGCAAUCCAUCGGCGUGUGCUACGGCGUGAACGGCGACAACCUGCCAUCGGCGAGCGACGUGGUGCAGCUGUACCAGUCCAACGGCAUCAACCUGAUGCGCAUCUACUUUCCCGACACCAACGCUCUCAACGCGCUGAGCGGCAGCAACAUCGGCGUGAUCAUGGACGUGCCCAACUCGGAGCUCUCCUCGCUGGCCUCCGACCCGAGCGCGGCGGCCACGUGGGUGCAGAGCAACGUGCAGGCGUUCCCGGGGGUCAACUUCAAGUACAUCGCCGUGGGCAACGAGGUCUCCGGCGGGGACACCAACAGCAUCCUCCCCGCCAUGCAGAACGUCAACUCCGCGCUGGCCAACGCCGGGCUCGGAGGCAUCAAGGUGUCCACGGCGGUGCAGAGCGGCGUCACCCAGGGGUUCCCGCCGUCGCAGGGCAGCUUCUCGCAGGGGUACAUGGGACCCAUCGCGCAGUACCUGCAGAGCACGGGGGCGCCGCUGCUCUGCAACGUGUACCCGUACUUCUCCUACACGGGCAACGAGGCCCAGAUCGACCUCAGCUACGCGCUCUUCACGUCGCCGGGGACCGUCGUGCAGGACGGCGGCAACGCGUACCAGAACCUCUUCGACGCGCUCGUCGACACCUUCGUCUCCGCGCUCGAGAACGCCGGCGCCGGGAACGUCGGCGUCGUCGUUUCCGAGAGCGGGUGGCCGUCGGCUGGCGGCGACGCCGCCACUCCGGGGAACGCGCAGACCUACAAUCAGAACCUCAUCAACCAUGUCGGGCAGGGCACGCCCAAGCGCCCUGGAUCCAUCGAGACCUACAUCUUCGCCAUGUUCAACGAGGACCAGAAGCCUGGAGCCGAGACGGAGAGGCACUUCGGACUCUUCAACCCGGACAAAUCCCCGGCGUACCCCAUCAAUUUCUCCUAA